UCGGCCGAGUUCCAGCCAGUGAUCGUUUGGCAGUAGAGGUGUUACCGGCUCCUCUGCCAAUCUAAUGGAACAUCGUUCCUUCCAGCGAGUGUCGUCAGCGAUCGUGUUCAACAUACUAAACAUUCGCCAUAAACCGUACAACUGUCGAAAACAACAAAUCCUGCUCCUGCUAUUAUGUUGUUUAAACGGAUCAUUGAAGGAAAGUCCAUGUUGAAUGCCGAUGCCAAGAACAAAUCGGUGGAGAAAUGUUCCAGAAGGAAGUCGGAAUGUGACGGUUGCAACGAGCAUUCUACCAUUCUUGAAGAAAUGAUGAAGAUGGUACUGCUCGGCGUGGUGCUAUGGGCGGGGCUGACUUUUGGAAGCCUCGUUGCUCCGUAUCCACUGAAUUUGCUUAUCACUACUACGGAUAUCACCCACCCACCGCCAAUGUACGACUUCCCGUUCCCGAGUGCUCAGAUGCUGAAAAGGAUACCACCCGUUACAGCAGCACAUACAAAUAAGUCGAUAAAUGUCAGCAAACUCGGGGUCGCAAUGCUGCAGAGGCUGGAAAACAACUUGGAAUCUGCUGGGGUCACGCCAAAAGCGGGAUCUCCUGCGCAAGGAUUUGCAAUCCUUGGAUAUCCAUCGAGCGACGCAAUGCACUAUGAACAAUCGUCAAUGGUUGUGACUAAAGCCUCCCAGAACUUGGUGUACACCAGAUGUGGAAGAUAUGGUUUGGCGAGUGACGAAUGUGCGAGUUUCAUCAGCACCUUGAAUUUGCGUGAGAGUGAGUUUGGAGGCGAGUGUGCAGCGCUUGAGAGGUUCACGUGUCGAUCCAACAAAAUGUCCUCUCGAUACCGCACUUUCGACGGGUCCUGCAACAACCCAGUGCGGUCUUCUUGGGGACAGGCGUUGACGGGGUACAAGAGGCUCCUGCAUCCGAGAUAUGCUGAUGGUAUCGAAGAGCCGAGGCGUUCUCACAGCCACAAGGCGCUGCCCUCAGCUAGGACAGUAAGCACGAAAAUGGCUGGCAACUUGGACAAACCUGAUGAUACAAAAACCAUCGCUUUGGCAGUCUGGAGCCAGUUCAUCUUCCAUGACUUGGUUCACACACCUGUUAGGAAAACAAUUCACACCAACCAAGCAAUUCGGUGCUGCGAUAACGACGGCUUCACCUUAACCCCUCGGUACAUCCACCCGAGCUGCAUGCCGAUCUCGGUGUCCUAUGACGACCCGUUCUUCAAGAGCCAGUUCGUGUCCUGUAUGGAGUACACGAGAUCCGUGACAACAUACCGAGGGGACUGCACUUUUGGAGCGUCAGAACAGAUGAACCAAGCCACCCACUUUUUGGACGGCUCUCACAUCUACGGGUCCAAUAGUCGCGACGCAGCGGCCUUGAGGGAGAAGACUGGUGGACUCCUGAAGACUUCCACCGUGGAUGGAGAGGAACUUCUUCCUUUGGCUGCGAACCCGACUGAGAAGUGCCUAGUCGAGAGUGCUUCUGGGACUUGCUUCAAUGCCGGCGACGUCCGCGCCAACAUGCACCCCUGGCUAACCAGUUUCCACACACUAUGGGUGAGGGAGCACAACCGCAUCGCCAGGUCGUUAGCAAGCAUCAACCCUGGCUGGAACUCUGACAAGCUGUACCAUGAGGCCAGGAGGAUCGUCGUGGCAGAGCUGCAGCAUAUUACCUUCAAGCAUUGGCUGCCAGCCCUGACAGGCAAAGCAUUCGACGAACUCUACGACGCCUACGAUACCGGCUACAACUCAGACCUGGACCCAACCAUCACCAACUCCUUCGCCACAGCUGCUUUCCACUUCGUCAACAGUCUGUUUGACCAAGAUAUCGAAGUCGAAGGCCAUUCUUCUAGACUGGUUGACGGCUACUUCAAGCCAGAGAUGGUAGCGCAAAAGGGCAUGAUGCAAAAACUGGUUAAAGGCAUGGUCACGCAGAAAAGCCAGGGGCUGGACUUCAAUUAUGAUGAUGAUUUACGUCAUCGCUGGCUGGGCGGUUUGGACGUGUUAGCCAUCGACAUCCAACGCGGUCGUGAUCACGGCCUGCCCGGCUACUCACAGUACCGAGUGCUGUGCGGACUCUCGCAAGCCACCACGUUCCAGCAUCUUACUGACGUCAUCCCGCAAGAGACUGUCGACAAGCUGAGCCAGCUAUAUGAGGCUCCUGGCGACGUAGACCUAGUGGUCGGCAUGAUGGCCGAGACGCCCCUGCCUGGGUCGCUGCUCGGACCUACUGCCACCUGCUUCCUUAAAGAGCAACUCUGGCGCACCCGUUCCGGCGACCGUUACUUCUACUCGCAUACCGACGAAGCUGGCAGCUUCACCAAGCGUCAGCUGGCCGAGCUAAGGCGCGCCACACUCGCGCGACUGGUCUGCGACAAUGCUGACGUGGCAUCUGUGCAGAGAGACGUGUUCCAGCCGCCUUCUGAGAGCAAUCCCAUUGUGUCGUGUGAAGAGAUUAAAAAGGUUAACCUCGAAGCCUGGCAAGACCCUUCGCAGCAGCCGGACAUCUUGACUCGCACUAACAAGUGGAUCAAAAACAAAGUCAGCAACUCUACAAAAUAGUCGCACAGUGUGCGGGAACCCUUAAAUAUUUAUUGUGAAUAUGUUAUUUCCUAGCCUACGAUGCAAGUAAUACACUAUUUCAGUAAAUUUGUGUAUUUUAUUUGUCAAUGUAAUAAUUUUGAACCAAUUUAAAUAAUUCUUUGGAGUAUUUUCUUGCAUCGUAGACGCCGUAGUCGUAUGAGUCAGUAUUGCGGUUGUAGUAGAAUUUAAUUUAAGUUAAUUUUAGUUCCUAAAAUAUGAAGAACAAUCAGUUUGUUCACAAACAUUCUAAAUUAACGUAGAGGCUCUAUAUUACUUAAUAUGUUGACAUUGUGUAUUCAAUGUAAUGUCUUGUAGACUGACGUGGACUACCUUUCAGUAGCACCUUUGGGAAAAGAGCUUGUUUGUGGGCAAAGACGUAGUCGUAAGGUAAGGCAGCGGACACACGAUGCAUUUUAUUUCAAUUCAGAGCCGUGCACGUGCGUCGCAUAUGUGCAAAAAAUCAGUGUCUACUUUAUCUGCUAGAGCUUAAUAUUAAAGUGACACUUUUACGAUUUAAUACUAAGCAUCGUGUGGACGCGGCCUUAGUACCAUGUUGUACAGUGGCUGUGAUAGUCUAGCGGGUUGAAAUUCGUCCGCUUGCCGAAAUUUUGUCUCGACGGAGACCUUUUAGGCCUUCGGAUCCAUAUGUUAAAAGACUCCGAGGCCUUAUAUCAAACUUUUGAAAAAUCUGAUUGGGUAUUUGAAUGGAGAUUAUAGAAUAAGUAAUUAUGAUCAAAAAGUUGGGAGUUUUUGGAAACCCAUCUACGUAGGUAGUUUCCAGUGUUCGUGCCCAAAAACGGAUUACUUAAUAUUGAAUUAUGAAAGUUCAAAAGAUACCUAUUUUUCAUGUUAAUCAUGAAAUUAAAUAAACAAGCUUCUAAUUAAAAUAAUAGUUCUUCGGAAUUGCUCCUAUUUUUUAUUUUUAAAUCUGAUAUAAUUUUUAUGAUAAAUUACAAAUAAGUUAUUAAUUAUAUGUACCUACCUACUUUUUCUUUUUGUAUACUCUUCGUUAAAUUGUAUGUAUUUUAAAAGUAAAUAGGUUGUACUUACAUUUCUAAAAUGUUUCAAGAUGCAGGUUGAAUUUUUCAAGUGUACGUGUCUAUAUUUUACAUGUCUUUGAGUAACCUUUUUGCCUUAUCAGUUUUGAGACCACUGAGUACCUAUUUGGCAAGACAUAGUGCCUAACUACCGCAGCAAAGCACUACGUUACUUCAGUUAGUACCUAAUGCAUACUUGAAAUAGUCACCUUUAUAGCUUAAAAGUGCUAAUUAAUUGGUCAGACGCAUUUUUAAGAAUUUAUUAAUUAAUUUUGUUAUUUAAAACUGAUUUUAAUUAUUAUUGAGUUGACAUAGAAUGUAAAAGCAUUUCGUAAUAUUUAACUGGCAUCAGCCAUAAUGCCAAAGAAUGCAGCUGAUUUUGUAACUCUUUUACCUACGCCUAAGAAAAAGAAUCUUAAACUUAUCUUUUUUAUCAAUUUCAUUAGGAAUAAGUAAGCAUAUGUUUUAUUUAAUCAUUAUCAUAAUUAUUUCAUCAAUACUAUGUUAACGCACAUACCUAAACAUCUUUCAGUCUGUAUUUUUGUAUAAUUCAACUGAUUUUUCCAAUGAAAGCGAGUUUUUGUAAUUUUGGUCCACAGUAUUCGACUUUAAUGAAUUUUAAUUAAAGAAAGUUAAUUUUUAAUGCAAAUGUAAAGUGCAACAUUAGGAAAAUUUGCCAUUUUAAUUCAGAUGGCGUUUUAGUCGUUGCUAAGGAGCAUUUUAGUCUUUGUAAAGUCAAUGUUAUUUAAUUUACUUUGUUACUGCAAACCCAUGGCAUUAAUAAACAUUUUAUGUAAAA